AUGGUGUUUAAUGGUGGAAUACUGGCCUCAAGGGGACUUACCGAUGCAGUUGGUAAAACGCCAUUAAUCAGACUGAAUAAGAUAUCAGCACACCUAGGCCGAAAUGUUUGGGGAAAGGCAGAAUUUCAAAAUCCAGGCGGUUCAGUCAAAGAUCGAGCUGCCCUGUAUUUGAUUCAACAAGCGGAGAAAAAUGGGCAUUUGGAUCCUAAUAAGCCUGAUCCAACCAUUGUAGAAGGGUCGGCAGGAAACACGGCAAUUGGACUGGCCCAUAUUGCUAGGGCUCGUGGCUACCGCACGGUGUUCUUUAUGCCUGAUAGUCAAUCCCCCAACAAGUCCGAAUUAUUAAAAAGUUUAGGUUCUGAGGUUCAUCGAGUUCCAGUGGUACCAAUCAGCAACCCUCUCAAUUUCAAUAAUAGAGCAAGAGAUUUGGCGAAAAGUUUACCAAAUGCCGUUUGGACAAACCAGUUUGAUAAUCCCGCUAAUUGGCAAGCACAUUAUCACACAACAGGGCCUGAAAUUUUUAGCCAACUGAGAAGUGCUGGUCUCUCUACGGAUGCAUUCACUUGUUCAUCUGGCACAGGUGGCACUUUCUCGGGAGUUGCCAAGUAUUUAUAUGAGGCUACCGAGGGCAAUUGUAAACUGGUCGUCGCCGAUUCCCCUGGAUCUGUUAACUACCCGUACAUUAAGUUUGGAUCUAUGGAAACCGAAGGAUCUUCUUUCACAGAAGGUAUCGGGAAUAAAAGAAUCACGGAGAAUUUAAAGGAAGGUUUGGAGGCUAUUAAGGAUGUCGAUGCCCUUUUGGUCCCUGAUGAAGAAACUAUUGUCAUGAUUUUCAAAUUGCUUGAUGAAGAAGGCAUUUAUGUUGGUGGUACUGCAGCACUUAACGUCGUGGCAGCUUGCAAAGUGGCACAAACUUUACCGGAGGGAUCCAACGUUGCAACCAUUCUUUGUGAUUCUGGCUUCAAAUAUUCACAGAGAAUUCUUUCUAAGAGAUGGUUAAAAGAAAAAAAGUUUUACCAUAUUAUUCCAAAGCAUUUACUCAAGUAUGCCUCCUUAGAUUAA